CGAUAAUGGUGAAUAGGAUGAUUAUAUAAACAUUGGUAAGGUAGAGACAAAGGAAUAAAAAGCAAAAGGGGAAAAGGUAUUUUGUGUUGCAGUAAAACACUUCACAUGGCCACCCUUCAGCUGCCCAUUUCUGUAUUCUUUAGCUUUUUCUCUUUGCAUUAUUUAUCUAUGUCACACUUUCCCUUUUAGGUCUUCUUCUUGUUGCUUGUAUUGGGAUUUGACUGCAAGAGUGCUUCAUCAGAUGGUGCUGCUGCUCUAAAGUCUAAAGUGAAGCUCAAACAACUCAUACAAGAAUGGUGUCUCCUUACAACUCAUUUACCACUCGAACUAUAUUCUCUGAAGUUGCUGGGGAUAUUACAAUUGCUGCAAAUGGAGAGUCUUUCCUACUGCAUAAGUUUCCCCUGGUAUCUUUGAGUGGAAAGAUCCGGAAGAUGGUGGCGGAUGCCAACGAUCCAAAUCUCUCAGAAUUGGAUUUGAAUCACGUACCAGGAGGACCUGAAACAUUUGAACUGGCUGCAAAGUUUUGUUAUGGCAUGAACUUUGAGAUCACAACCACAAACGUAGCACGUUUGCGCUGUGUGGCAGAAUACUUGGAAAUGACAGAAGAUUAUCGUGAAGAGAAUCUCAUUGCAAGAACAGAAACAUUCCUUGAUGAAGUUGUCUCUCCAAGUCUUGAAAAAUCCGUGCAAGUACUUUCUUCCUGUGACGCCCUUCUUCCUACUGCAGAGGAGGUUGGUAUUCCAGAUAAAUGCAUUGAUGCCAUUACCAGGAAUGCUUGUCAGGAGCAACUUGUAUCCAGUCUAUCUCGUUUAGAUUGUGAUAGUGGAUCUUUGGAACUUAAGGACAGGUGUCUUGAAUGGUGGGUCGAAGAUCUUUCUGUUCUGAGUAUUGAUUUUUAUCGCAGAGUUAUCAUGGCAAUGGGACAUGUUGGGGUACACAUAGACAGCAUUAUUGCGUCCUUGAUGCAUUACGCCCAGGUCUCUCUAAAGGGUAUUGGGAAACCGCAAAUUUGGAAUCCAGCCAGAUCGUAUCCUUGUAAGGGAGAAAAGGGGCAGAGAACAAUAAUUGAAACUCUUGUUAGUCUAUUGCCUCCAGAAAAGAGUUCAUCUGUUCCACUGAAUUUUCUUUUUGGGAUGUUGAGGAUAGGUAUCAUGGUGGAUGCCACGCUAGCCUGCAGGCUUGAAAUUGAGAGGAGGAUUGCCUUCCGGCUGGAAAUGGUCUUACUUGAUGAUUUGCUUAUACCAUCUGUCCAGACUACAGGUGAUUCUUUGUUUGAUGUUGACACUGUCAAGCGGAUAUUGAUACAUUUCCUCCAAAGGAUUGACCAGGAAGAAAAUGAAGAUUGUGGAUAUGAAUCAGAAGGUAUUGAUUCUCCAAGCCAUGGCGCUCUAUUGAAAGUUGGACGGCUGAUAGACACAUAUCUUGCUGAAAUUGCUCCUGAUCCAUAUUUGAGUCUUGACAAAUUCACUGCUAUGAUAUCAGUGUUGCCUGAUUAUGCUCGUAUAAUUGAUGACGGACUUUACAGAGCUAUUGAUGUUUAUUUGAAGGCCCAUCCAACCCUAAGUGAGCAUGAAGCGAAGAAGCUGUGCAAGUUCAUAGAUUGCCAGAAGCUCUCUCAAGAAGCAUGCAAUCAUGCAGCACAGAAUGAGAGACUCCCAGUUCAAAUGACUGUCCGAGUUCUCUACUUUGAGCAGCUCUGCCUUAAGAAUGCUCUAUCCGGAAGUUGUGGAGAUACUUUUGUAUCACAAAAGAUCAGUAGUGGUCUUACAAGUGCAGCUAUGUCGCCUAGAGAUACUUAUGCUUCUUUAAGGAGAGAGAACCGAGAACUGAAGCUGGAGAUAUCAAGAAUGAGGGUAAGGCUCAGUGACCUGGAGAAGGAACAAGUGUUCAUGAAACAAGGUAUGAUGGAUAAAACAGGACAUGGAAAAACAUUCUUAACUUCCCUCUCUAGAGGUAUAGGAAGAUUUGGUAUAUUUGGCAAUCCUUCUGGAGAAAAACAUCACAAGUCGGGUCGCAAAUCCAGGACAUCAGAAGGUAAAACUGGUAGAAGUAGGAGGUAUUCUCUUUCCUAGAAAUGGUUGUAUGCCACAAUGUAAAUUAAUGCAUGAUUCAAGAGCUCUGCAAAAGUGGCUAAUUAUUCUUGCUGUCCUUGCCAAUAUCA